AUGAGCAUUCUGAGACGACCUUUCAUCACCGCCGGAAGUAAGUUACUCCAGACUACAAAGGCUUUUCUCUUUGACUGCGAUGGCGUGAUCUGGAAAGGGAAUCAGCCCAUCGCGGGAUCCAUCGAAACACUCAACUAUUUAAAGAAAAUAGGAAAACUCGUCUUUUAUGUGACAAACAACUCUACCAAGAGCAGGGAAGAGGUGUUGAAAAAACUGCGACACUUUGGAGUAAACUCCUCACUCGACGAGAUCUUAACUUCGUCCUAUGCCACUGCUCAGUAUCUGACUACACUGCCAGAUCCUGGAGAAGUUUACGUUGUGGGUGAAGAAGGGAUUUUUGAGGAACUGGAAGCCGUUGGUAUCAAGUGCCAUGGAAGAGAAGACAAUGAUCAGCAUGACAUUUCCGCUCUAGAGCAUAUGAACACAAAUGUCCGAACUGUUGUUGUCGGAUUGGACCGAUCCAUCAACUAUGUGAAGUUAAGUCGAGCGGGCUCCUACAUCCGAGACUUUGGAUGCACUUUCAUUGCAACGAACACAGACGCUUCGUUUCCCUAUCCUGGAGGUGUCAUCGCAGGAGGAAGUGGAUGCAUUGUCUCGGCCAUUGAAACGAUCUGUGGAAAGAAGCCGGACUGCAUCGUGGGAAAGCCAAACCGCUCAUUUAUCGAUAUUAUUCGGCUGCACCAUCCCCAAAUCCAGAUUUCCGAUAUGCUAAUGGUAGGGGAUCGUCUGGAUACCGACAUUGUGUUUGCUAGGAGAAAUGGCAUUUCUUCUCUUCUCGUUUUUUCGGGAGUCACGUCAGAGAGCGAUAUGAAAGCGUGCGAUGACAAGCUUGCUCCUCAUUUUUAUACCAACUCUUUGCAUGACUUGCUUCCCCUUCUGUCAUCUUGCUAA